GCGUUGGGCCGGCUCGUCGCGUUCUGUCCCAAUCAUUGUAAACAGGCGGAGGCUGGGGCGGGGUGGGAAUGGGGCGCCUGAGGCCGGCUAGGGGCGCAGCGCAGGAGGCAUCUACGGUGGCUGCGGCGGCACCGUGAGCGCGAGGAGGCGGAGGCGGCGGCUGCGGCGGGGGCGGGUUGUCGCGCGGCGGCAGGUACAGGUGUAAUGGAUAGGUAACAGAGAAACCCUCCUCACUGUCUCGUCAGGGAGGCAGAAUGACUGAGUGCUUCCUGCCCCCCACCAGCAGCCCCAGUGAACACCGCAGGGUGGAGCAUGGCAGUGGUCUUACCCGAACCCCCAGCUCUGAGGAGAUCAGCCCUACUAAGUUCCCUGGAUUGUACCGCACUGGCGAGCCCUCGCCUCCCCACGACAGCCUCCAUGAACCUCCUGACAUAGUGUCUGAUGAUGAGAAAGACCAUGGGAAGAAAAAAGGAAAAUUUAAGAAAAAAGAAAAAAGGACUGAAGGCUAUGCUGCCUUUCAGGAAGAUAGCUCUGGAGAUGAAGCUGAAAGUCCUUCCAAAAUGAAGCGGUCCAAGGGAAUCCAUGUUUUUAAGAAGCCCAGCUUUUCUAAAAAGAAAGAGAAGGAUUUUAAAAUAAAAGAGAAACCCAAAGAGGAAAAACAUAAAGAAGAAAAGCACAAAGAAGAGAAACAUAAAGAGAAGAAGUCAAAAGACUUGACAGCAGCUGAUGUUGUUAAACAGUGGAAGGAAAAGAAGAAAAAGAAGAAGCCAAUUCAGGAGCCAGAGGUGCCUCAGAUCGAUGUUCCGAAUCUCAAACCCGUUUUUGGAGUUCCCUUGACCGAUGCGACCGAGCGGACCAUGAUGUACGACGGCAUCCGGCUGCCGGCGGUUUUCCGCGAGUGCGUGGAUCACGUAGAGAAGUACGGCAUGAAGUGCGAAGGCAUCUACAGAGUUUCAGGAAUUAAAUCAAAGGUGGAUGAGCUGAAAGCAGCCUAUGACAGAGAGGAGUCUCCAAAUUUGGAAGAAUAUGAGCCUAACACCGUAGCCAGUUUGUUGAAGCAGUAUUUGCGAGACCUUCCGGAGAAUCUGCUUACCAAAGAGCUGAUGCCUCGCUUUGAGGAGGCUUGUGGGAGGAGCACAGAGAGCGAGAAGGUGCAGGAAUUCCAGCGCCUGCUCAAAGAACUGCCAGAAUGUAACUAUCUUCUGAUUUCUUGGCUGAUCGUGCACAUGGACCAUGUUAUCGCGAAGGAACUGGAAACAAAAAUGAAUAUACAGAACAUUUCUAUAGUGCUCAGCCCAACCGUUCAGAUUAGCAAUCGUGUCCUAUAUGUGUUUUUCACACAUGUGCAAGAGCUCUUUGGAAAUGUGAUACUAAAGCAAGUGACAAAACCUCUUCGAUGGUCUAACAUGGCCACUAUGCCCACACUGCCAGAGACCCAGGAGAACAUCAAGGAGGAGAUCAGAAGACAGGAGUUUCUUUUGAAUUGUUUACAUCGAGAUCUGCAGGCUGGGAUAAAGGAUUUAUCUAAAGAAGAAAGAUUAUGGGAAGUACAAAGAAUUUUGACAGCCCUCAAAAGGAAACUGAGAGAAGCUAAAAGACAAGAGUGCGAAACCAAGAUUGCACAAGAGAUUGCCAGUCUUUCAAAAGAGGAUGUUUCCAAAGAAGAAAUGAAUGAAAAUGAAGAAGUUAUAAAUAUUCUCCUUGCUCAGGAGAAUGAGAUCCUAACUGAACAGGAGGAGCUUCUGGCCAUGGAGCAGUUUUUACGCCGACAGAUUGCCUCAGAAAAAGAAGAGAUUGAACGCCUCAGAGCUGAGAUUGCUGAAAUUCAGAGCCGUCAGCAGCAUGGCCGCAGUGAGACCGAGGAGUACUCCUCCGACAGUGAGAGUGAGAGUGAGGACGAAGAGGAGCUUCAGAUCAUCCUGGAGGACUUACAGAGGCAGAACGAAGAGCUAGAAAUAAAGAACAAUCAUUUGAAUCAAGCAAUUCACGAAGAGCGAGAGGCCAUCAUCGAACUGCGGGUGCAGCUGCGCCUGCUCCAGCUGCAGCGAGCCAAGCCCGAGCCGCAGGCGCAGGACGACGACGAGCCUGAGAGGUGGGCGGGCGCCUUGCAGCCGCCCAGAGACGGCGCCCUGGAGCAGCCGAAGGUGGGCAAGGAGCAGGCCAAGCCGUCCCCGGGCAGAGACAGGAAGGAGACACCCAUCUGAGCAGCCCGAGAGACACGGGAUCCCCAGACCCAACGAGACCUGUGCAUCUUACUGUAACCCUGAGAGUCGCAGCACACAACUCUCUGCUGUACAUUCUGUAAAGAUGUCUUUCCUUCGCAGACUCUUCCUUCUUUUCACACGUAUGACUUCUCCGCGUCAGGCUCAGGUUACAUGGGAGGACAAAGCAGUGCACGCAGUGUGGGCUUGUAGGGGACAGAUGAGUUUUCCAGAUAGUGUCAGCUUAUUUGAAGAUUAAUUUUCUUUGUUAACUUAAAACUAUUUUAACCCUUGAGUGGCUUCUUUUUAAACCAAAAAUCGUCUUUCUUUGCUUUUUUAUUACAGCAGAAUCAGGAUCUCUUUCUCUCGUUCAAGGGCGGGGGGACCAAACAAGGUAAAUACUGUUCCUGCCUUGUGGGUUGCCCCAUAGUCUCACCCUCCGGGAUCUCUGCUUACUAGUCACUCUUGCUUGUGC